UUUCACGGUUCAUAGGUAGCUUUCACUUCUCGCUUCAGCCCUUCCCUUAUUUUUCUUCUCCAUUUUUUCCCUUUGUAUUUUCUGCCUGCAACUAAAACCCAGAGUGCCACCAAACCUUCAAAAAGACUCUCAUAGUUUCUUUAAACCUUCAACAUUUCCUUUUUUCCAGCAGAUGGCAUUGGAAACAGCAACUCGACCGGCUACUCCGAGUGCCCAAGUUGUUGGAAAUGCUUUCGUUGAACAGUAUUACCACAUUCUUUACAACUCUCCUGAAUUGGCUCAUAGAUUCUAUCAUGAUUCAAGUGUGAUUAGCCGCCCGGAUUCCAGUGGUGUGAUGACAUCGGUGACAACCAUGCAAGGUAUUAAUGAGAAGAUUCUUUCCUUCGAUUACACAAAUCAUAAGGCUGAGAUUAAUACCGCUGAUGCUCAGAAAUCUUAUCAGGAAGGAGUAACUGUAUUAGUAACUGGGUGUCUAACGGGCAAGGAUAACAUGAAGAGAAAAUUUGCGCAAUCCUUUUUCCUUGCUCCCCAAGACAAUGGGUACUUUGUUCUAAAUGAUGUACUUAGGUAUGUCGGAGACAGCGAACCCUUAGAGAAGCAUAAAGUUAAUGGUGUUAAUGAUGCUCCUAGAGUGCCUCCAACACCUGAACCUGAGCUUACUCAAGUUUUGGAGCCUUCUGCACCGGAUCCAGCUACUGCCCUUGUGGAAGAGAAUCAAAAUGUUGCUGAGAAAGUUUAUGAGCCUUCAGACCAGGAAAAACAGUUGGUCGAUGAAGACGAGGCGGUUGUGAAACCCCAGUCUAAUUCAAACGGUGAUGAUAUUACUGUAGUUGUUGAAUCGGCUUCUUCUUCAGCCCAAGAGGAUUCUGCAAAGAAAUCCUAUGCAUCAAUUGUAAAAGUACCAAAAGGAAGUCCGGGGCCAAUAAGAGUCUAUUUACCUUCUAAUACUACAAAAGUGACACCCAAGAAAACUGAGAAGCAGCCUCCUAUUUCUGCAGCACCUGCUACACCAGAAGCUUCUGCACCUUCUAGCGCUGAUGCCCCUGAGAAUGACAACAUUCCGGAGGAAGUUGAAGGCCAUUCCAUUUACAUUAGAAAUUUGCCCUUCAAUGUGACGGCUACACAGCUCGAGCAAGAGUUUAAGAAAUUUGGACCAAUCAAGCAAGGGGGUGUCCAAGUUAGGAACAAUAAGCAACAAGGGUACUGUUUCGGUUUUGUGGAAUUUCUGUCUUUGAACUCCAUGAAUGAUGCAAUUCAGGCUUCACCAGUUACGAUCGGAGAGCGUCAAGCUGUUGUGGAGAUUAAGAGAACUUCAACUAGAGUUGUUAGUGGAAGAGGUAGUUUCCCAGGACGAAGAGGAGCAUUUCGAAAUGACGGCUUCAGGGGACGAAACUUUGGUGGAAAUCGAAGCUUUGGAAGAAAUGAAUAUGGAAACAGAGGUGAAUAUAGCAGUCGACCUAGGGGGGGUUCAACAGGUCGUGAAGGGAGAGGGAGAGGUAACCGAUCAAGUCGACCAAACCAGAAUAUGGCUUCUACUUGAAAACCCCGUAGAGUAAGCUUAUUAUUUUUGUCGCGGAGAAAUUAUUAUGAUUAUGAUUAUGAUUAUGAUUAUUUUUGAUAGAGAUAGUGAUGGAUAAUUCGGAUGAAUGGGAGUUGGGGUAGGAAUUCAUUCGAGUUUGACAAAGGAAUCAAAAUGGUUGGAUUGAAUGUUAAUAUGAGAGAGCGCAGUGAUUUUAGCUUUAGAGACUAGAGAAUUUUGUGUAGGACCUCUUUUGUUACCAUCUCAAACAUCUAAGUCCUGAUUUUAACAUCGUUUUUCAAAAUUGGAUUUCACUGUUUGAGAAA